GAGGAUGGUCCUUUCUCCCCCAGGGCCACUUCAGUCGCUUGUCACCGCAGGCUGUCCCCUAGGCACGUGCAGCUGGAGGCGUGCGUCAGCACUGGGCAAACAAAUGACUGGCCCACCGCGCCGGGCGGGGGCUAUUUAAGAAACAGCAUCGCCCGCCUACCCUGAACUUGGCUGGGGCGCUGGGCUGCUCCGCUGGACGCGCUGACCGUGUGUGCUGCGUGCUCAACCCCAGCCAUGAACGGCAGCGCGAGCCUGUGCGUGCUGAUGGCGGUGCUGGCAGCCAGCAUGCUGACGCAGGCUGUGCCCCCUGAUGAUCCCGCCAGUUCCGGGGUGCAGCGGGCAGAGGAGGCACCCCGGAGGCACGUGAGGGCUGUGCAGAAGACCGAUGGAGAGUCCCGAGCGCACCUGGGUGCGCUGCUGGCCAGGUACAUCCAGCAGGCCAGGAGAGCUCCUGCUGGCCGCAUCUCUGCCAUCAAGAACCUGCAGAGCCUGGAUCCCAGCCACAGGAUAAGUGACCGGGACUACAUGGGCUGGAUGGAUUUUGGCCGGCGCAGUGCCGAGGAGUAUGAGUACCCCUCGUAGGAGCAGGUGGCCACCUGCAGCCCAACAGGAAACAGCCGCCUGACCUGGAAGGUGCUGGAUGAGAAAACAGCCACUCUUAAUUUCGGUGUCUUGGCAUUUUGCGACCCUAGGCAUUAAGUUCUCCAUGUGGGAAAGUCUGUAAAUUGUCCAGUGAGUGCCCUCUCUCCUGCCCGCUCCCACCCCCAACCGCCCCUGCCAACCUCAAAAUUGUGCAAAUGGAAGACUAAUGUUUCCUUCUCCUGUGACUUCCUACCCCAAGGUGUCAUGAUGCUAUUAAAGUGAUUGCUUCCUCAA